AUAUGUUUCGCAGUCUUUCGGUAAGCAAGCAGCAACUCGGUUCGAAUCUCAGAAAAGCUAGCAUAAUUCUAUCAAAAAAUGAUUUAUUUAAACAUUCUGACUUUGUUAUUAAUCAAUUUAGUGUAUGUUCAAAGUGAUAUACGUCAUCGCACCAAGAACUCUUACGAAUCCAUGAGGUUGGUACGAGAACUGCAACAACAUCGCUUUAAAAUUGAUCAAAAAAUUCAUAAUCACAAUCGUGCGAAACCAAUACAUUAUCGAACCAUUAUACGCGAGUAUUCAAUGGAAAAUCAAUAUGAAUCCAUGGAGAACAACGACCGGAUUGGAAGAGGAACUAGUGACAAUAGUAAUGUGGAUGUGGAACAACCGUUUCGUAAAAUGCUAUCACAUGAUCCACAACAGGCCCGUUUGGAAAGGUUGUUGAGUGUAAAUGUACCAAAGAGCUCUGCAAGAACAGGAGAUGGUUCGACUAAGGAAUCGUUACAGAGCAAUGCUACGACUCAUUCAUCCACAGAGAGUAGUAGCACGACUAAAUUCUCAGCUAAUUCUUCGUCACCUACUGCAAAGGGUUCUCCGACCAUCCCUGAAACAACCCCUUUAGCUAUAAAAUCUACGGAAGAUAAAUCAACAAAUGUUAACAUCAAAACCAAUACCUUAACCGUUUUGGCUGCUGUUCAGGAAUUGGCAAGGUCCUUCCAUCGCGAAUUUGAUGCCUUUAAAAAUGAACAAAAUGAAAGAAUGGACAAUAUAACCAGACUCUUGAAUGAAGUAAAUGAGAGAUCCUUGAACGAAACCACAACUAUGAAACCAACUAAAGCAGCAAAAGCAAUAAAACGAGAUACCAAAAAGAAGGUACUCAGAAGAACAUCCAAAGCUGAAACCAAGGACAACAUCAAUAUACCCAACAAGAUUCGCAAUAAUACCCGCAACAAUAUCUCUCGUAAUACCCACAACGGAACCUUGCGCAAUACCCAGAACCAGGAAAAGUUGGACCAGAAGCAAUUGAAAAAUAGAACCCGCUCACAAACCGACACAAACACAAACAGCAUUCACAAGUCUCACAAUAAUACCGACAAAAUUAUCCUUAAUAAUGCGUACAAUGGGACCUUCAACAACACCCAAGAUAAGGAGAGUUCGGACCAGAAACUUAUCAAUACCAGAACCCAAACAAAAACUAAUAUAAACACAAGCCCCCUCCACCAAAAUAUAACACACAGCAAGGCCGAAAGCAACGAUCUUCAGAACAAGGUUAUUCACAUCAACAACAUCCUCAGGGAAACCCAACAAAAUAUUCUCAACAAUACCAACAAUCAUGUCAACGGAAAUUUCCUCAGAGACGAAAAGAAGAGUAACUAUUUGAGUACCUACCGCACAGGCCCCAAACAAGCGCCAAUACCUUUUCCACAAACCGAUCGUCAAGAUACUCUGCCGCCACUACCUUUCCACAAAAUUACCAUCUACCGAGCACAAAGAAGAAACAACAAGAUCGAAUAUCCACUGCGAUGAUAUCCUCAUGGAGGCCAUUUCAAUUUAUUUAAACAUAAUAAUCCUUAUAUCAUAUUUCCUGCUCAUUGUGUAUUUUCUUGUAUAUGGUGAAAUAAAUGUACUUUGUGUAGAACAGA